CAUAUUUUACCAGUCACAACGAACGGCGACAUUACUAGUCGACGCCGCAUGUUUUGCGCUUAAUUUUUGUUUGCGAUAGAAACUUUAAGCAUGGCGUCGCUGUUUAUGCUGGACACUGCUGGCGAUCAGCAAUUAUUCAGUGGAGAAGGAAUACAGCAUUCCUCAGCAUUGUAUAAUGGGUUCUCGAAGGGUCGGCAACUGGCUGUUGAUAAGGAGGAUAGCGAGGAGGAAGAUGAGCAGGAUGUUGGUGAAGUGGAAUUGUUUGGCCUCAAGUUAAACGGCAAAGAUGUUAGCAAAGUUGUUGCUGCCACACUGGAAACUACCAACCGAGUGUCAUCCAAAGUGGCCCUUCAACUGGAUGAAGUAACUGAGAAAGUGAACGAGGCUGUACAAAAUGCAGGCACACAUAAGUUACAAAAACGUCAACGGGUCACAGAAAUCAACAGCGAAACGAGCGAGGACAUAAAAGUGCGAAAAACAAAUCUCGAAAAAGAUAUGCAAAGCACGAAGCAAUUAAAUGGCAUCGAACAGAAGAAAGCAUUACCCACAGUUUCCAGACGCAAGCUGCCUAUACUUAAUAGAGCGGAGCGCGCUAAGACGAAGGGCAGCGGCUGGUUUGAUUUGCCAGCAACAGAAGUUACAGAUGAGAUGCGCAAUGAACUGAAGAUCAUACAAAUGCGUUCAGUGCUGGAUCCCAAACACUUCUACAAAAAGAAUGACCUUAAAGUGCUGCCGAAGUACUUCCAAGUCGGCACAGUCCUGCACUCGCCUCUGGAUCAUUAUGAUGAAAAACAUACACGCAAGACCAAGAAGUCACUGGUGGAUGAACUGUUAGCGGAUGAGGCCUUCCAAAGCUUUAAUAAACGAAAGUAUAAGGAGGUGAUAAAGCGGACAGAUAUGUACGCCCGCCGCAAGGCCAUGAAGAAAAUGAAGAAACUGAAGAAGCACAAAUAAACAAAACUUGUUCUAUAUGUCUAUAUGUAUAUGCCAAAGUUAGAGAAUAUGUUGUAUAGCUGUAAUAGUUUUAAACCUGUUGUAUAACUAAUGAAGAUCGGCUAUUAUCCUCCUUCUCGCCAUGCUGCAAGACACUCAGAAUGCAGUCAAUAUUCCAAUAUUACUUUAUUUUCGAA